AUGCCCACUGCUUUCGUCCAAAUCAGUGCUGUAAAUCCUGGUGGUCCCGCAUGCUUGUCGGGCCGCGUUUUCCCGGGUGACCUCUUGCUGGGCGUUGAUGGCAUCUCGACCAUAGGGGUCAGCCAUAGCAAGGUUGUGCGCCUUAUUGGAGCCGAGGCCGCUAAUUCUCCCUCGAAUCUAUCCGAUGAUUCUACCUGCGCUAAACUACACGAGACAAAUACCGUCUCGCUCUCUCGGCCGGUUGGGUUGCAACUAAAAAAUCCAAGUUCUACUGCGGCUGCAGUGUUGUCAUCCUCCUACUCCUCCACAUCAUCACCGUCCAUCUCAUUACCCUCUUCAGCGUCUUUGGGGCAGACAAACUCGCCGACCAAAGAGACUAUCUGCCUGCUAUUGCGGCACCGUUGGUUUCCUUCGGCUCAGGCGAAGAGUGCUGGAGAAAUUGGAGUGCAUAGCGAGGGGGAGCAUAAUCCCCAAAUCUCGGGUGAGUUCAAUCUAGUGGAUCGAAACUUUCCGCGAUAUUCUGAUUUCAUGUAA